UCUCAUGGCAUAAUUUCUAAAGAAUCUGUUGCUAGUGCCACAGCACAAGAUGUUGACAAACAUGGAAAACUUUCUGCUCAGGUUAAAUUGGAUGAUAGUUCUUCUGAAGAUAAGAGUGAAGUCAGUCAAGUCUCCAAACGUUCAUCCCAGUCUAUAUCUCAUGGCACAAUUUCUAAAGAAUCUAUUUCUAAGGCCACAGCACAAGAUGAUGGUAUUAAAUAUUCAUCUGAUCAUGAAUUUUCCCAAACCUACAAACCACCAGCACAAACAAUAUCCCCUAUUCACAUGUAUGAAGAUUCAAGUAGGAAAAAAUUUGAUGAACCUCCUAAACCUCCAACUGCAGUUACAUCAUUUGAUAUUAUUUUUGGAGAUCCAAAUUGGCGUGGAGUGGAUCAAUUGAUAGAAGAAUGGGAAAUGUUUCUUAAGAAGAAGAAAGAAGAAUUAUUGUUAAUGCAACAGAAAAUUCCAUCCAAAAAAGAGUGGCCAGAAAAAGAUGUAUAUUCAGAACCUGGAGCCAAAUCUUAUUACUCAGGAAAUGACUAUGUUGCAGUUCCACAUAUUCAUUCAUCUAAACAUGAAUGGCCAUGUGUACAUAAAGACCAAAUUAUUAGAAAUACUCAUUAUUUUAAACAUUUUGUUGCUCCUCACAACCAUCCUGUGCAAGGUCUUGGCAUAAAUUCUGUCAUUCAAACUGAUGUGGAAAUGAGUAAUUUUGCAGAUACUCUUUCUACCCUUCCUAUUCCAGACUAUAAGCUACAAUCACUUCCACAUUCUCAUUUCCAUCAAUGUCCCUUAAUGUUUUCCCUCCUCUCAUCUGAUAAUGUAAGAGAAUCUCUUUCUAAGAAUAUGGCUCCAUCAAGACGUACUGAUGUUAAUGGGAGAUCAGUGUGUCAACAGCCAAUUGACAUACUGGAUGAAAUAAUGAACCUACAAUAAUCUGUUUGUUUAUU